GGAGGGACAGACGUUACAGCAGCGGCCAAGUGGGUCAUCGCGUGCUGUCACUGCGAAGCGUACAGCGGCGUACUGCGCAAAACAGCCCUGCCUCGGUCCUAGAUCGAGCAGUGCACGGGCGAGUCUCUAUCAUAUCCCCGACUACCUCUCUCUUCGUCGCCAUCAUCCUACUCCUGAAGUGGCAGCAAGCAGCAGCAGUCGUUGUAGAGGUUUGGGAGCGAGCAGAGCGCUGCGAACAUAGGGGGAGGAGCAAGCUCGCACGCCAGCUGCAGUGCUAUGGGGAACACGGACUCCAGCCCGUCUACAGCCACAGCUGCUAGUUCCAACGGAGGCGUAACCACCGCGGCGCAGGGUCGGAGAGAAGUGAUCAACCGGCCUCGUCCAGCUCUGUCUCUGGCUGCCCGGACUGCCCCGAGGCCGGCUGCGGGAAGAAGGACUGGGGGCGUGCCGGCGGAACAAAAUCCCGGAGCGUAUUCCAUCCCCGGGGCGGGUUCCCGCACCAAUGUUGAUUCCAUACCGUACACGGUGACGGUACCUAACGGAGUGAGACCGGGGCAGGAAUUCCAGGUCAUGGCCGGAGGUCUGCCGAUGGUGGUUCGCUGCCCCCCGGACGUGAGCGGAGGGAGUCGAAUCAUGGUGCUCGUUCCGAGACAGCAUCGACAACAGCAGUCCCGAAAUGCCCAGGUGUACAUGGCGACAGUCCCCCCGGGUGUUUCGCCGGGUGGGGAGUUCAACGUUAUGGUCAAUAGCCACCCGGUGAGGGUGGCAUGCCCCCCGAACGUCACCCCCGGCAUGCAGAUUAGAAUUCGCCUGGAAGAGCCGCAUGGAGCGCUGCACCAGACCUUCGAAGUCGCGGUGCCCCCGGGGGUGCGACCGGGGCAGCCAUUUGCGCUCAUCGCGGGGGGGCAGCGCGUGAUGGUGCACUGCCCCCACGACGCCCGGCCGGGGCAAAAGAUCCGCUUCCAGCUACCCAUCCAGCUCAGCGAGGCCCAGCUUCAGACGUACAACAUCCACUACUCGGGGAAGGACGGCUGGGUGAGAUGCGUGGGUACAGACCUCAAGUUUCACUGGGUACGGCACGAUGAAGACGGCGCGGAUCCGGCGGCUGCGGCGGCGGUGGCGGUGGAUGGGGAGGGCGGGGCAGGGGGGGCGGGAGCGGCGGCGGCGGUAGCGGGAGGGGAUGCGAGCUCGGCACAACCGCAGCAGCAGCUGCAACGGAGAGCUAGCGUCUCCGACAAGGUCACUCUCAAGCGGAAGUCGACGCUGGCGGGAUCGAGCUUCCGCAUCGAAGGCAGCGCGUUCGUUCGCAAACUCUCCAAGCUGAGGCCUCGACACUUCAUGCUUGAGCUGGUACGAGCAGAAGAAGCGACGCUGGACGCGAGCGUACCGGAGGCGAACCUUACGUUCCAGCACUUGAGCCGAGCGAGCCAGCUCCCCUUCAAGGAUAAGGUGGACUGGUUCAACAAGCAGUGCGACCUUCUCAGAGUCCCGUGGGACGUCGAGCAUCAGCACCUCAAGAUUCGCAGGAACAAUUUAUUGGAGGACAGCAUGGCGGCUAUGGAGAGCGUGAGGUCGGAGUCCAUGCGGCAAAGGUUCCGGUUUGAGUUUCUGGGGGAGCCCGGCGUUGACGCGGGAGGAGUCGCCAGAGAGUGGUUCCACCUUGUCUCAGAAGGGGUCUUCAACCCCGACUUCGCGUUGUUCCAGUACUCGAGCAUCAACCAGAUGUGUAUGCAGAUCAGUGCGAACUCCGGGGUGGCCAACGAGCAGCAUCUGCAGCAUUUCCACUUCGUCGGCAGGUUACUGGGCAAGGCGCUGUUCGACGGCCAGCUAGUUCAGGCGCAUCUCGUCCGGCCGCUGUACAAGCACCUCCUGGGCUGGCCGAUCGCCUUCAGCGACCUAGAGCACGUCGAUCACUUCACCCACGAAUCCCUCAUCAAGAUGACCGAGCUUGAUGACGUUGAGGUGUGCUGUUUAGACUUCACGGUCACGGAGGACCGCCUGGGGUCGAUGGAGGUCGUGGACCUGAAGGAAGGCGGUGCCGAGAUCGACGUUACGAACGACAACAUCGGGGAGUACGUGGAGCUCGUGCUCAAGCACCGGCUUUUGAUGCGCAUGCGCGACCAGCUCACGGCGUUCCUGGUGGGUUUCUACGACGUAAUUCCGGAGGCGUUGUUGUCGGUGUUCGACUUCCAGGAGCUUGAGCUGCUCAUGUGCGGGCUGCCGCACAUCGACCUGACGGACUGGCAGAGGAACACGGACUACACGGGGGAGUUCGAGAGGAAGGCGGGGAACCACAAGAUCGUCAAGUGGUUCUGGGAGGUGAUGGGAGGAUUCGAGCCAGAACAGCUGGCGCGCGUUCUUCAGUUCGUGACGGGAACGAGCGGGGUGCCCAGCCAGGGCUUCGCGGUGCUGCAGGGCAACGAUGGCAACAUUCGAAGGUUUACCAUCAACGGGUUACCCGACUUGGAUUCGGGCCUGUUCCCCAAGUCUCACACGUGCUUUAACCGCAUAGACUUGCCCAUGUACUCCAACAAGAAGGAGCUAGAGGAGUACCUGACCAUGGCCAUCAACAUGGAGUGCACAGGCUUCGGCAUCGAGUAACAGCCUUUUCUUGCCUGGGGUUUGGUUGAUGUUGAAACGUAGAGUCACGCGCGUGACGACCGUGUGUUUCAUGCGUGUGCGAUGGCAUGGCGUUGCCUUUCAACAAGAUGAAGCUCUGUCGCGUUGGGGUCGGGGUGGGGCGCCCGGGGAUUCGGGUCCUUCAAGGAUGGGGGGGAGGUACGGAGAAUAAGCGCGAAAAGGGAAGGGACAUGCAUACUGGCGCCCUUGUUUUACCCCACGCCUAUUCAAACCUGUUCUCGUUUUGGAAACCCCUCGAAGGACUGCCGGGGGGCUCCGUCAUAUCGCAACGCAGAGAGAAGGGUGUGUGAGCGUGAUUGCCGUGGGGCAGGACACGCUAGAAGGGCUACGGAAGACAGGAGGCGCUGUUUUUUUAUGCUUGACGGCGAGGCCGGUUCGGUGGAGCAACCCCCCUCCCCCCCAAUGAGAAUGCGGUGGCCUCGUUGCCUCGCCGUGAUUGGUUGGCCACGGCGCACCCAACGCUGACAUUCUCCAAUAGCCGGGCCGAUGGGCUGUUUGUAUCAUUCCGUUUGUGUGGGACUCCGUUUUUUUUUUUAUCGGCGACGCGCCCCAUUUUGUUUCGCGGCGGACGAGGGGCGCCCUGCUGUCGUAGGACGGCGUCUUUUGAUGGGGGAGCUGGCUCGUGUCUUGUACGCGCACAAGCUGAGCUAGGUUAGAGAAUAAAGGGAGCUUAAUUCGAUUCAACGGGUGCUGAGUUUUGAGCUGUGGCUGGCUCAUCCAUGUAGUAAGAGUUUUUCUUUUCCCGCGCACAUUAGACACCUGUGUUAAACGGCAUCGCUUUGUAAACAUUUCACCACUUGGUUUGGUAGCCCGGGCGGGGGCAGCGGUUGAGCGCGCAGUUCAAGACAUGUUGGGUGCCGAUAUUUUUAAUCAAAACUGGAGACAUCGUCCACGUCCUGAUGCCCAUGGUUGAUCGGGAGGGACCGCCGCUUUUUGUGUGCCGUGAGAGCUUGUUUGUCCCAUGACGCAUGUGCGGGUGGUACGGCAGCCGUUUGUUAUUUUUUCAUUAGUUGUGUGUCUUUGUGACAGUUCCUCGUCCUUGUAUAAGCUUUUGCUCUUUUGGUCUCUGUACCACACAACUCGCAACCCCGCUGUGUGUGUUGUGGAUUGGACACCGGCUGACUUUGCAAGUGUUUUGCGGUAGACGUCGACCUUAUUGUUCGUCUUCGGGUAAGAAAUUGAGUUUGACGAUGUUUUUCUUGGUCUUUCUUCGCGUCGGGAUUUUGUUUUGUUUUGUUGUAGGGGAGCGAAAGAAGUCCGCACUUGCGGCUGGCUGUACGCGAACCAAGCAGUGUUUUCUUUUGUAUGCGUAAUACCUGUGUACAGACGACUUCAGGCUGGCUCUCGGGCAGGCAUAGGUAGGUGUGCGCGCGAGGUCGUUAACUCUGCGUUCUUCUUGCAAUGUAUUGAUAAGGACGGACAGGGAACUCGACUUCUGUUGUGGCUUUUAUCUCGUGACUGACUCAUGUGGUUUGUCCGCGUUAAUGUACCGCGGGAAUUCCCAUUUGCGGCCACUUUCACAUGCAGCAUACCUG